AUGAGAAAACAGAUUCUCGAAUGUAAGUAUAGGAGAAUUUAUGAGCGCACGGCGCACAUUUGCAUACAGACAUCAGACUCGGCGCACCGCUCCGCGCAUCCAGUCCCGGGGAGCCGGGACCACGGCUCGGACCACAGCGGACGCGGCGCUGGACCGGAGUUCUUUCACCCCGCCAACAACGGAGAUCGAGGGAAACGCGGUCCCCGCGGCCCGCCCGCCCGGCGGGGCAUUCGCGCUACCGGCGGUCCGUCCCGGGCCGUGGCCAGGCUCCCUGCGUACGGCGUUACGGCACCGCUGUCCCGGGGCCGGCUGGCGGGGGCGGCCGGCGGGGGCGGCCCGCGGCCCCGUGUGGGCAGAGCGUAUGGGGCCGGGCCAGGGCGGGCGGUGGCGCUCAGCGAGGGCUGGCUGGAAAGGGCGCUCGAGCGGGAGCUCCCGCGCUCCGGGCCCGCAGGGACAAGGCUACCGGCUGCUCCCGUCGCCGCCGGGCAGGCGGGAUCGGCGGGGCGCGGGACGAGCAUGGCGCUCUGGCGACGGGCGGUUGUAGCCUCGGUCUUGCUCCGCGGUGAACAAACCAGCAAAACGAUGCAGCGGAAGAGGUUCGACCCCAAUCCGGGUCACUGAACACGUUCUAACGGACUGCGCAAAGCUGCCUACCCCAGGAAAGGCUGCCCGUAAAAGAACGGGAAGCAGGCGCGGGUCUCGGGGCCGCCGGCUCUGCUGUCCCGAGCCGGGCGGGGGGGGUAGACCGGGCCGCCGGGGGACCGGACCCGCGGGGGCGGCGCGUGCUCGUGGCGCGGCGGUGGGCGGGGCUCUCCCGAGCGCGGCGGAGGCGCUCCUCAGCGCCCCCUGCUGGGCGGCGGCUGACAC